AUGAUAAUACAAUAUACAAUUGUGGCUAUUCUAUUGAUUUUCACUUUGGCAAAAAGAAUAAUGCUCACUGAAAAUUUCAAUUCAUUAAAGUUUAAUUCAACAGGGUGGAAGUGUUUGCCCAGCAAUAUUGAUUCUUUAAUAUACUUAUGUAACAACGGGAUGAAUUUAGUUAAAUUAAGUCAGGAAUGCAAUUAAAUUGGUAAAACUUUUAUCGAUAUUCCACCACACUUCAGUCUUUAACUUUAUGUGGAUUUCAUUGCUUAUAGGUCUAUUGAUGUAAACGAAAAAGCAUUUAUUAAAGUUGAUAAUACCAAGAUUUACACUUAUUAUAAUUAACAAGCAGGAAAUCUUUAUUAUAGCAAUUAAUGUGAAACAUCCAAUGAAAAAUUUAGUAUGAUCACGGCUAUUUAGGAGUUCACUCAUACAAGUACUUAAUUAACAAUAGAAUUCUCAACUAGUUUAAAUGAACCAUUUUGGAAUGAAGGUUAUCCUUUCAGAAAUUUAUAAUUAUUCAUUAGUUAAUGCCAUUAUACUUGCAAGACAUGUUCGAGUGAAGCUUAUAAUUCAUGUUUAAGUUGCUUCACAUUGAAUCCCUCGCCUACCCUCUGGUAAUGCCAAACCUGUAAAGAUUAAUAAACCUUAAGAUUUUUAUUAACAACUCAAGGAUGCUUGUAAGAAUGCCCUGAUGGUUACAGUUAUGAUUAAGAACUUGUUUGUUAAAGAAAUAUAAAAUUAUUAACUCUUUCAAAUCUAAAUUAAAUUCAACCCAUGAUUUCUUAAGACUUCCUUUUGAUUACCUAAAUUAAUUUAGCAUUAAGAUCUCCUUUGGUUUGCAGUGCUACUGAGUAGUAUUUACCAUACUAUCUAAAUGAAAUUUUAUACCAAGUUCUAAACUUAGGCAGUUCAUCAGUAGCCAUUAGAUUAAAAGUCACUAUAAUUUUAAUAGGGACAUGGAUAGCAGAUAAUUCUGUCUAGAUAUAACUUAAUGGUGAAAUAAUAGAUACUAUCAGUUUCAAUAACUUGAUAGUCACAACUUAAAAAAGUGUGAUAUUGUAUUAAGAUUAAAUCAAAUAAGUGUGCAAUUUUAAAGAUGUAUUUAAAAUACGAGUCGAGCUUUAUCAAGUCAUUAAUCAAUAAACUUUAAAUCUUUCAUUUAAUGGGAAUAAUUUGAUUGGUCAAUCUUUGUCUUGGUCUAUUUAAGAUGUAGAUAUAGAAUAGGAGGUUUGUUCUCUGAAUUGCAAUUCAUGUUCUAAUAGAUAUAAUUGCAAUACUUGUAUCCCAUCCUUCUAUUUGCAUAAAGGCUAGUGUAUUGUAAAUUGUCCCUCCUUUUCAAGAAAAGUCGGUGGCUAAUGCAUCGAUUUAGAUGAAGAACUAAUUGAUUAAAAGAAUUCAAAAAUAGAAUAUUUAGUAAAAGAAUUUUAUGAUGUUUCAACAACAUAAGAGAGAGUAAAUGAGUUAUUUAAAUUGGUUUCUAAUAGUGCUAAUAAUUUUGCAAAAGGAGAUAACAUUUACUUCUCAUAUGUUCCAGAUAAGAAAGUUUUUGGAGGAGCAUUAGUUUGGAUAGAUGCAAUAUUUCAAUUAUAAUUGGAGAUUCCAAUGUAUUAUCACUAAGUAAGAGUUAAGUUUCAAGUAAUUUUGGGAGAUGAUUUUAAUACUGGAAGCUUCGUAUACAAAAUUAAUAAUAAGAGUGAUGUAAUAUUAACAAAAUCAACAGCGAAUCCAAUAUAAAAUGUUUAAAUUUGGGGUGAUUCAUAACCAGAUUAUGUUCUUUAAGUGGACGAAACAAUAAAAAAUGAUGAAAUUUAUUAAAGGCAAUUGAUAAUAUAAUUCAAAUGUAACAAUCCAAAUCAAUAGGUAAAUAAAUAGUUCUGUGCCAUAUAAGAUUUAUUCAUAACAGCUGAAUAUUAUUGCACAAAGGAAUAUAGAUUUGAUAUAUUUAAUUAUCAGAAUGGUUUGAAUCCAUGUGUUCCUAUAUGUGGAGAUGGGUAUGUAGUUGAUGAAGAAUAGUGUGAUGAUGAAAAUCUAGAUCCAUUUGAUGGAUGUUUCAAUUGUUAAUAUUAAUGUGAAGAAUUUUGUUAAUACUGUGUUUAGGGUAAGUGCUUAUUAAAUUUGGAAGGAGGAUAUGAAAACUAAAUGUUUUUAGAAAACAUAAUAUUAUAAUAAGAGAUUGUAUACUAUAAUGAUAAAAUUUAUAAUGAGUGCUAGAUAGAAUGUUUAAUUUGUCAUAAUGGAAAUUGUUAUCAAUGUAUGGAAGGUUAUAUAUUAGACGUAAUCACAUAGAAUUGUUAUAUGCUUAUUAUAGGUUGUAAGAAUGUAUAAUCAUAUUGGAAAGAAAUUUAAAAUUAUGCUAAAAUAAGUAUUUGUGAAAGUGAUAUCCCAUAUUCAAAACUAGACAAUAUUUAUAAAGAUCCAGAUUAUUAAUGUAUAAAUUGCUUAUCUUUUGAAUAUUAAAGUUGCAAUAAUAAAUGCUCAUUUUGUUAUUAAGGAUUAUGUUUUCAAUGCCAAUCUGGAUAUACACUUUAUAAUAACCUAGAUUGUGUUACUAUUUGUGGCGAUGGUCUUGUUAAUAAAGAUAAGUUGAGCAUUGAAAAUAAUGAAGAAUGUGACAAUCCUUAUAUUGAAGGAUGCCAAAAUUGUAUGAUACAAUCUGGAUAUACAUGUAUUUAAGAAGAUAACUCAGUUUGUUGGACUUGCGAUGCGAAAUGUUUGAAAUGCAUUAAUGAUAGCAAUACUUUGUUAUGCCAACAAUGUAUUGAUGGUUAUUAUGCUGUAAAUAGUGUUUGUUACAUAUGUGAUGAUAAUUGUUUAACAUGUAAAGAUGAUUCAUCAUUAUGUACUUCAUGCUUUAGAGAUGAUUGCUAAAAAUGCGAAGAUAUUCCUGGUUUGUACACAGAUUAUUAAAUUAAGAAAUGUGUGCCAUAAUGUGGAGAUGGCAUAAAGAUGCAAUUUUACGAGUAAUGUGAUGAUGGCAAUAUAAUUGAUGGAGAUGGUUGUGAUUCUAAUUGUAAUUCAGAAUUUGCCUAAGAUUUAUAUUCGAUUGAAAUUCAACGACUUAGUGGAACAAAUUCGAAUGAUUUAAAUAUUAUUCAUGAUUCCAAAGUUCAAUUGGAUUGUUAAAAUACAAAAGUUACUAUUGAAGGAUUCGAUUAGAAGGAGUUCCUCUAUAAAUCUACUAUUAGUGAUAGUGGUUGUCAAAUUUCAUUCAUAUUUUUUAAAUCAAUACGAAAAACCAAUAUGAUACAUAUCUAUAUUUAAUAUCGAGAAGUUUAAACAAGAAUUCUUACUGAUUAGUACUAAUAGUAGAAAGAAAUUUAAGUGAACCCUAUUGAAUAAAUAAUUUUAGAUGAUAGCCAAAAAUCUUAAGCUGAUGCAAUUUCUAAUGCACAAUCGAGUCUAUCUAUACUAAUUUGGAUUCUGGCACCACUUUCAAUUCUUUUCGGUUUAUUUGAUUAUUUAUGGGCUGUCCUUGAAAUCCUGAGUUGGAUUAAUAACUUUUACUUUUUCAACGUUAACUUCCCUUUCAAUGUUUAAACCUUUUUUUUGAAUAGCGAUUGGUCAUCUAUAAUAAGCUUUCCAACCUAUUAAGAUUUGAAUUAACCAGGUUGUGAUUACUAUUUUGAGUCUCCCCCUAGAUUCACAGAAAAAGGAGUUGAUCCAUUAUUCCUUAAUAAUGCCUAAGUGCCCAUCUUCUUUAUAUUUACUUCAGUUUUACUCUAUUUCGCCAGCUUUUUAAUUUUAUCAUUAUUCAAAUUUAUUGAUUAGGCUACACUGAUAAAAAUACCAAUCCAUAAUCAUUCAACUUUUUGUAUUUAAAACUAAAAGGAUAUUCACUUGCAUCGCUAAAAUCAACCCUAGUUUUUGAUUAAAUCUAAUAUUUAUAUUGAGUUUAUUGUAUAGAAGCUGAUAAUCAUUUCAAAUAAGUUUUAAAUUAGAAUAAAAUAAACAAUCACCUUAUGCUUAUUAGAUUUAACGAUGGCAAUAACCUUACAAUUAAUCUAUGGUAAACAAUUUCAAUACAGCAUGAUAUUAAUUAAUACCAUUUUAGCAUUAUUAUUUUGUUGUUUAAUUUUUUACUAACUAAGACAAUCCUAUUUCGUAAUAGGCAUUCAUAAAAAUCUGGCUGAAUUUCCACCUUUUAAAUUAAAAUAUGGAUGCUAUUAUGAGAAUAUCAACAUAGACAAUGCAUUUGGACUUAAAUUUAAUUUCUUCGGACUCAUUCGAAAGAUUACUUACAUUAUUUGCAUUGUUUAUUUUUAUUACAAUCCUCUUUUGCAAACUACUCUAUGUUUCAUAUCAUGCUCUUCAGGAGUCUUAUUGUUACUUUACUCUAAUCCAUUUGAAAGUAAAGGACAAUUUUAUAAAUAAUUAAUUUCAGAAGCAGGAUUAAGUUUGAUUACUUGUGUUACUAUUAUACUUUCUAUUGACGAUAUAUUAAAUCAAAUGGAAGAAACAACAAAGAUUAAUUUAGGUUGGGUGAUUAUAUCAUUAGUCAUAUUAUGUGUUUUAUGCGAAAUCUUAACAUUAAUAUUUGAAAUUUGUAGACUACUUCAUGAAAUAGGAAUCUAAAUGAUAAUAUCAAUAUUGAAUAGAAAUAAAACCAAUAAGGAAAUUGAAACUAAAGCUUAAAUCUAAGAAUCAAAGCUACCAGAAAUAAUAUUAGCAAAUAAAUUAUCCUUUAUUAACCAUGGCCAAAUUCAUCAAAUAUUCAUAUGA